UCAUUCAUUUCACAAAGAUUAGAAGAAUUAAUACCCAAAAGGUUUAUUCUUAUAGGGCAUAUGGUCCAUUAGAUGAAUAUUACGACCAUUAAAACACUCUCCCUCUUUCUUCCUCCUCAAAACGCCGUUACAAUAAUAAUUCCGUUCCGUUAUCUGACGUGGCAUCACUACCCUUCUGAUGAAGCUUGAGAAAUUGACCCUAAUUCCGUCAACAGUCAACGGCACCGAUGAUACGAACAAAGUUCCUCGGCUGCCACGUUGGACGCGACAAGAAAUCCUGGUACUGAUACAAGGCAAAAGAGUAGCUGAAAACCGGAUCCGACGUGGGCGAACCGGGGGUUUAGAAUUCGGUUCGGUUCAAGUUGAACCGAAAUGGGCAUCAGUUUCAUCGUACUGUAAGAGACACGGGGUGAACCGGGGACCGGUUCAAUGCAGAAAGAGAUGGAGUAACUUAGCAGGUGAUUAUAAGAAGAUAAAAGAGUGGGAGGGUGGGAUAAAAGAAGAAACGGAGUCGUUUUGGGUGAUGAGGAAUGAUUUGAGAAGAGAGAAGAAAUUGCCUGGAUUUUUUGAUAGAGAAGUGUAUGAUAUUCUUGAUAAGGGAAAUGGAAAUGGGGAUGAUGAUGACGGAUUGGUUUUGGGUUUGGGUGGACCGGUAGGUAGUGAAGAACCGGAGUCAGUAGAAGUAUUGUUUGAUAGUGAGAAAAGAAGCGGGGAUGAUGGGUUAUUUUCAGAUUUUGAACCGCCGGUUCAGGAGGAAACAGGCGCUACUCCCAGUAAAGAUUUGCCUCCAAUCAAUGAGGUUCCAGUCACAUGUAUUCCUGCUCCAACUCCAAUUUCAGAGCAACAGCAUCAACCACUCUCUCAAGUGUCUCCUACACAAGGUACAAGCCAUCAGAAACAACCUACCACAGAACCUGAUAUAGGAAGCGGUCAGGAAGGAAGAAAAAGGAAGCGAGAUGAAUCAGAUACAGAUGAAGAAGCAAGUAAUGUGCAGCAUCACUUAGUCAGAGCAUUGGAGAGGAAUGGAAAAAUGGUGAGCUCCCAACUUGAAGCUCAGAAUAUGCAUUUUCAACAGGAUAGGGAGCAAAGAAAGGACCAUGUUGAUAGCUUAGUAGCGGUACUUAACAAGCUUGCAGAUGCUUUGGGAAGAAUUGCAGAUAAGUUAUAGAGCCCAGUCAAUUACCUACUGGGAGUGUACAUAAAAUGUUGCCUGUCACAUCUUCAUGAAUCAUACACAAGGCUGAAGGAUUUUGGCGAGUCAAAUUUGGUUGGUUAGCUAGUACUUAGUUGGAGAUAAGAUGUUCUUCUCAGCUUUUGUGCUUUUUAAGGCUUAGCGUUGAUUUGGACGUAGAUUUGGCUGAAACUUGAGGAAAAAAAAAAGUUUUCAAAAAUGAGAUGAAAAUUUGUUUUUAGAAGUUGAAAUUGUGUUUGGACGUGCAUUUUACUUGCAAAGAAGUUGAGGUUUUGUGAGUAGAAAACUGCAAAAAUUUAAAAAUUAGUCUAAACUACUUUUUGAAACUUGAAAAAAUCGUCUUCAGAAACUGGCCAAAAACAAGUCAUUUUUUAUCACCAAAAAAUGUUUUCAAGUACAUUUGAAAAAAAAAAAAGUGAAAAGAACUUAUGGCCAAACGGGAGCUAAGUCUUGGCACAGAUGUACAGAAAUAAUACAGGCAUUGGAGAGGCUGGUGUAUUUUUGUUUUUUCUUAUACAAGUAAAUUAUCAUCUCUUGUUUUGUCACAAUUGUCGGGCUCCUCUUGUUUAUGAGCUUAAAUUUUAUCUGAGUACUAGACUACUAGGGAUUGCUCGGUUUGCGGACAAAUUGUAAACAAAUCAUAAUAUCUCAAUUCUAUUGUGAGCAAUAUUAGUUUUCA